GUAGCCGUCUGCUCUGAUGUCCCUCCUGCAGCACUGGCGAUGCAGCUUGCGGAGCCAUGUGCGAUUUCUUCGCACUAGCCGUCAAGCUGCGCAGCCCAAAGUGGCCAAGGUGCUUGUCUCUGUUGGACUGACAGGUUCAGUGAUGUUUGGUGUCGCCUUUGCACACUUGAGCUCCGAUGAGAACGAAAAGGUUUGGAUCAGCCGCCGUGGACCGCUGUCACUUGAUGCUCAACGAGCCAUCGAAUUGGUACCUCUGCUGCCCUGUGUGGGCUCAGGAUUGGUGGCUGUCUUGCUGACAAAGACCAUGCCAAAGCAAGUGAAAGCACUUCGUUUACCGAUUAGCGUUCACGAGUUGACAGCGUUGCCACUGUCGAUUCUGCUGGCGUUCAGAUUUCAGUUGUCCUAUGAACGGUGGUGGGCUUCCCGUCAACAGGUUCAGGAAGUUGGGACGAAUGCCAUCGCUCUUGCCAUGUGUUCUGCCAAUAACCAGGAGGUCAUUUCUCUGGACAAAAGUGAAGACAAACUUGGAGCCGAUGAAAUUGAGUGCAACGAGCAUCGAAUGUUGGGCCUUCUGGAUGCUGCAUGUGCUCUAAUUGAACUUCAAUUGUCGAAGGAACAGGACCCACAUCCUUCCAAUGGUGUAGAAUCAUGGCAGAGCUUCGACACACAUUUGCAUCCAGUUGAUGCACGGCAGAUUUCCCAAUCUGGGAAUCGGAUCAACUGCUGCUUCGAUGCGAUCUUCACCACUGUCCACCGCGGGCAAAUGCUGGGGGUAUAUUCCAGCGAGCUCGCCAGUGGGAUGUAUGAGCUAGCGUCGAACAUGUUUCGCAGCUACAAAUUCUGUGACAUGAUCGUGAACCAACAAAGUCCAGCGCCGUUUGCAGUACAUAUGCGAACGAUCCUGCUGGUAUUUUGCAUCAGCUUCCCCUUUACCAUCAUUGGACAGGUGAACCCUGUGAGCCUAAUGUUGAUGCAAUCAGCCUUAAGCUUCAGCUUGAUGGGCAUUGAAUUUGUUUCUCGGCAGAUGGAGCAUCCCUUCGGCAAUGAUGAAUCUGAUAUUCCUUUGCGAUUCGCACUACAGCGCAUCCGGGCAGACAUUCGAUUGAUCGCUCAAAAGCACCAGCUCCUCGAUGGCCUUGACGAGGAAGUCACGAAGUCGUGCCAAAAAAACAAGCGCCUUAGUGAUUUGCCUUGA